AUGCCAGGUCCGAUCCGAGAAAGAGUCACAGCUGCCGACAGACGCCAUUUUGAUUUUGUGCAAACCUUGCGCCGGAUUUCCGAUGAACUGACAGAAGAGGAAACAGCAGACGUGAAGUUGUUUUGUGGACAUCUGAUCCCCAGAGGCCAGGCGGAACAGCUCAGGCGGGCGGUGGACGUUUUCCAGAAACUGAUACACCUGGACAAAAUCGACCAAAAGAAUCUUGACUUCCUCGAAGAGAUCUUGGAACGAAUCGGACGACUUGAUCUGAUUCGGGACGUUCUGCGGCGGUUCCAGCCGCCUGACCGAGAGAUUCCGGAAAAUCCCGAACUGCAGCAGCAUGACCGAGAGAUUCCGGAAAAUGCCGAAUUCCAGCCGCCUGACCGAGAGAUUCCGGAGAAUCUCGAACUCCAGCCGCCUGACCGAGAGAUUCCGGAAAAUCCCGAACUCCAGCCGCCUGACCGAGAGGAUCCACAAAAUCCCGAAUUCCAGCCGCCAGACCGAGAGAUUCCGGAAAAUCCCGAAUUCCAGCCGCCUGACCGAGAGAUUCCGGAGAACCCCGAACUGCAGCCCGAAAACCCCGAACUGCGUCCGGAAAACCAAGAUCCCCAACCAAGUCAAAGUAACACCGAAGGAGCAAAUGAAGAAGGAAAUGCUACGUCGAACAUCUACGUGGUUGUGCACGGCCGAAUACGCAUGAUCCAGGAAACUCUAGAUCAUCUUAAAAAUCGCCUGGCGACACUAUCUAGCGCUAGAAGGUCACAGGUCAAGUUCAGAGGUUACAAGAAGCACAAGAGCAUCCUGGUGCACUUCUCCAUACCGCGGGAGAACACGGCGGUGCUGAGGCACAUGGCGGAUCACUCCGACCCGAGACUUGUCUACAUGGGCGUCAAGUCACUGCAGAUCGACGCUGAAGUUCCCAUCAAAGUCCAACAGGGGGCGCCGUUGUAUGAUGUCAAGAGGCAACUGCCUGUUGAUGACAUCGAGGUGGGAUGCAGUACCCGGAACAAACGCCAGAGGGCGCCCCAGAGCUGGACCCGCCUGUCUGCCCUGAACCUGUUCUCGGACGCCCUGCCGCUCCAUCUGCAGGCAGCCGCGAGUCUGGAGUACCAGGGCUUCUCCUACAGCCUGGUCCGGGCUCUGGUGCAGAAGGACCGGCUCAGAGAACAGCAGAUGAGGCAGGCCAUCCAGAACCUCAGGAACGCAGAGGUGGAUUCAAACACGCUCCGUCAGAACGCAGAGGUGGAUUCCAACACGCUCCGUCAGAAGGCAGAGGUGGAUUCCAACACGCUCCGACAGAAGGCAGAGGUGGAUUCAAACACGCUCCGUCAGAAGGCAGAGGUGGAGUCCAACACGCUCCGUCAGAAGGCAGAGGUGGAUUCCAACACGCUCCGUCAGAAGGCAGAGGUGGAUUCCAACACGCUCCGUCAGAAGGCAGAGGUGGAUUCCAACACGCUCCGUCAGAAGGCAGAGGUGGAUUCAAACACGCUCCGUCAGAAGGCAGAGGUGGAUUCCAACACGAUCAUGACUUUGCGCUCCAAGCUCAACAUCACAGAGAACAGGCUGAAGGAGGCUCUUGAGACGAUCGCAGUUCUUGAAGAAAAGCUGCAGCAGGCUCAAGAAUACGCAUAGAAAGCCGCCAAGCAAGUGACAUCCCACGUUACGGAGUACAGGGAAGAGAAGCCGCCUGGGGGCUGGUCACAGGAGUACAGGGGAGAGAAGCCGCCUGGGGGCUGGUCGGCACAUGUCGAGAGGGCUAAUAAAGCUACACAGGCACAUCUAGCGGAUAUUGUAGGUACUGCAGUGGGACCUGGAGAUGUAGGCGGCAACAAGCUUGGAGAAGAUCCGACUGUGAAGGAGGAAGACAAGCGAGAUGCAGGACAAGACUCUGAUACUGACAAUGGGAGCGAUGGAAGAGAGAAGGUUAUCGAUAUAGAAACACCCGAGCAAGAGCGACACACGGCGGAGACAGAAGGAGCGGCAGCUGGCUCUACUGGGGACAGGAAACAGGAUGUGAUCACUUUUGGCGGGAAAGGGACGGAACCAGGAAAGUUUUAUUACCCACGCGGCGUUGUGGUGUCGCCUAGCAACGAGAUAUUUGUGACCGAUGGCGGCAACAGGCGAGUCCAAGUCCACAGCACGGAAGGGGUUUACCUGCGCCACUUUCCAACAGUUCUACCGGGUACAGAGGAUAAGGACAUGGAGCCGCAUGAUGUUUGUAUGGACGGUAACGGCACGCUGUGGGUAGUGGGGCGAGCAGGGACAGCUGAGCAUGUUGUACAGUACAGCACGGACGGGACCGUCAUGUCGGGGUUUGACCUGAAGAAGGACAGUUAUGACCGCGGUAUUGCGGUGAACAUGCGCACUAACCACAUCCUGGUGACUGAUGCAGACCAACGUGCAGUUCUUGUGUUCCGUCCGGACGGCUCCCUGGUGCGGACAGUCCGGCAUCCACGGGCUGGGGAGAUGACACACCCACAGUACGUCACUGUGGACGGGGAAGGGAACAUUCUUGUGUCGGACUGGGACACUAACUGUGUCUACGUGUAUGACGAGUCCGGGAAGUUCCUGUUCCAGUUCGGAGGGGAGGGAAGGGGUGAAGGUCAGCUGAAGUGGCCCCUCGGCAUCUGUACAGACAGCUCUGGGCACAUCCUCGUGGCGGACUCUGGGAACGAGAGGGUUCAGAUCUUCACACGUCACGGAGAGUUUGUCCGUACUUUCCGUACUGGGCCUGGGUCUUACCCGGAAAGCCUGACUGUGGGACCGGAAGGGCAGCUGGUUGUGACCAAUGAUCGGAACCAUACUGUGACUAUAUAUCCCAACUAUUAGUCAAGCAGAACUUUGGAGAGGGGUUUUAUUUUGUUUCAAUACAAAAGAGUGAACUUACCAUUUUCUCAAAGCAGUCGUUUUGCCUACUUUGUGAACAGGUGGAUGGGGCGGUGAACGCUACAGGCUUCCAACGGCCUUUGACUUUUUGUUAAUAUCAGACACCAGUAAGGUCAAAGUUCAAAGUUCAAAAGGUCACAUGCUCUGAACAUUUAAGCCCUCAGUUGUCCUGAAGCAGACCAGAUGACAUGUAAAAAAUUGUUGAUAGAUCUUUUGGCAAUCCAUCUUCAUAAAAACGCGUACUAGAAGGUAUUAUAACAUUCCCCGUGACCAGAUUUUUUUUCUAUUCCACCCAAACUAGAUUGAAGAUCAACGUCACUUCAUCAUGGAUUGUUCACAAUAAGAUAAUAAAAGCUCAAAGCCAUUCUUAUCACUUGUCCAAAAGAACUUAAUACAUUCAAUCCUUUAGAUACAUUUAUGCAACUACAUUCUAGGAGAAGAUAACCCUUCAUGUGUACAAAUACAGGUAAAUACAUAAGAAAAUGUUCAGAACUUAGAAAGAAUGGUUAUACGGUAAACUCUAUAUGUUGAUUUAUCGAUAUAUUUGUACGUGGAUUAAUUCAUUUGUACC